UAUAUAAUUGUUGCCAUAGCAAAAUAAUAAAUAAAUAAUUUUCUUUAAAUUGAUAAAAUAUUUUUUCUUAAAGUCUUGAAAAAGAUAAUAUUUGGUAAAUACCUACUUGUAGCCAAAAAAAUGAUGAAAAAAAAAAAAUUAGACAUGAUACCUGUUCAAUUGUACAGAGAUUAUUUGGAUAUGGAUACUGAUGAAGAAGAGUUUGGACGUCAAGAAACACCUGAACAAGAUGAUGAAUUACCACUCGAGCCAGAAAAACCAGUAUUUACAAAAAAUGAAUUAUCAAUACUCGUUGAGUACGUUAAAAAUUUAACAUUAAUUUCAUCCAAUAACAACAAUAAUACAAUCAAUUGGACUUUAAAUUGCAUAGAAAUUAUCAAAGAAUAUUUUAAAAAUCCAGCAAAUAUAAUUUUAACAAUAACAAUUUAUGAGAAAAAAAACAUACAAGCACACUUGGAUUUUUCCUGGACUGAUGAUUUUAAAUAUAUAACAUAUUUUUUAAGAUCACCAUGGCAAAUUUAUACACCAGAUAAUUUUAUGUCAAGUGUUAUUUUUGGUAAUCAUAAAAAUGGUAAUUUAAAUAAUUCAAUAUUAAAAUAUCUUGAGAUAAUAUUUGCUCCUGUGGCAAUUGAAAGCAAUGAAUGGCCAAUUGUUAUGAAAAAUAAAAUACUUUCAUGUUUCAAUCAAUUUAUCAUGUGUCUAAUUGAUGUUACAUAUAAUCAUCCAGAUGGUAUUGCAAUUCUUUAUGUACCCAUAGAAGAAUUAACAUUAACAACAGCUAAAGCUAUUAUAAAUCAAAAUGAUAUUAUCGAAAGAUUUGAAAGAAUAGCAAGACAUUGGAUUCAAAAAAUUAGAGCUAUUCUUUCUUGUCAAAAAAAUAAUGACAAUAAUAAUAAUAAUAGUAAUAGUACAAUUAUUGAUUUAAUUAAAUAUUGGAAUUAUAAAUAUGAAAAUUUCAAGUGUCUGCAGCAUCAACUUGCCAACAAAUCUAUUUUGAAUAUUAUAAAAAAACUUAAAGACAUUGAAUCAUCAAGUAUCAUAGAAUUUUAUAAUUAUUCUCAUCAAGUUGAUAAACAACUCAAUGAGGCAUCAUCAAAUAUUAUUUAUCUUAAUUUAUUUUUAAAUUAUUGUCAAGAUUUUCAUGUUCCAGAUGACAUAAAAAAUUAUUCAAUAAAAUUAUUACACUUGAUUAGAUUUGUUGCAAGUCAAUCAAAAUUUUACAAUAGCACAAAACAAAUAAGUAUAUUGUGUCAAGCUCUGGCUACACAAAUUAUAAAUCAAUGCAAAAAAUAUAUUGAUUUAAAUGUCGUACUCUGUGGUCAUCCAAAUCAAGGAAAAUUUAUGUUAUAUAAUUCUAUAAAAACUUGCAAUACAUUUUUUAAAAUAUUUAAUGAGCUUGCAAUUAAUGAUAAAAAAUAUGGAAAUUUAUUGACUAUUUCAAGAAUUGAUAAAUCCAUUUGUUUUUGUCAUAUUAAUACAUUUAUUCAAAGAUGUGAAAAUUUAAUAGUCAUUUGUGAUGCAAGAAUUGUGUAUGACAGAUAUGAUAAUGUUGAUGAAAUAUCUUUAUCUGGAGUUGAAUGCUUUAAUCAUGAAUUACAAUACAAAAAUAUUGAAAAAUUAUUCAUCAAAUCUCUAGACAAAAUAAAAAAUUCAAGUAAAGAUAUACUAAAUGUCAGUGUAUUUAUUUGGCUUAAAGUCAUUGUUGAUUUUAAUAAUAAUAUUCAAAAUAUUGAUAAUAUGAUGAAAAAUUUAAUUCAUGAUAUAUUUAAAAAUAUUAAAAAUAUUGAAGAAGCAAUUGAAGCUCUUUAUUCAAUGAAAAAAUUUGUUUUAAGAAAUAAUUUAAAAAAAACACUUGAUGCUUAUUGGCUAAAUAUAUGGAAAUUUUUUGAAAAUGAAUUGGAAAUUAUUGCAACAAGUAUUAAUGAUGAUUUGAGUUUUUGCAUGCCAAUGACAAGUUUAACUAGUGCUGCUUUAAUUUUAAAAAUUAAAAAUGAUUACAUUUCCAGGCAUUUUAAUAUAUUAAUAAAUACAUCUGAUUGGUUUGGUGAUAAUGAUGUUCAAAAAAAAGUCAUUGAAAAAUAUAAAAAAGUUGAGUGUGCUUUGUUGAUUAAAAAAGAAAAUUUAUUUGCAAUUUGGGAAAAACAAAUUGUCACAGAAAUUGAAAUUAAAAAAAUUUUAAAUGUACCAGUCAUUAAAUUUUCAAACAAUAAUUGUCUAAUUGAAAUAAAUUUAAAAAAAUAUUAUCUAGAAAACAUGAAAUCAUCAAUAGAGUGGAAAAUGAUAAGACAAGAUGACUGCAGAUUGAUAUCAUUGAAAUAUUUAAAAUAUAUAAAUGCAUUACAAUGUCGUUACAAUGAAAUUGAAUUAUUUUGUAGAUUUUAUAACAUUACAUUGAAAGAGUGGACAGUACAAGAGACUUUAUUAUUUCAAAAUCAUCUCAAUGACAUUAAAAUAAUAAUAACAUCUAGUCUCAAAAAAAAUACUUGGUCAUGUGAGACAAUUGCAAUUUUUUUAUCCGAUUGUUAUCAAAGUGUUUAUCAAUUAAUUGAAGAAAUAAAUUUUUUUAAAAAUACUAAUAAACAAUUAAAGCUAUCGUGUAAUGAAAUAAAAAAUGCAUUAUUAAUUAUUGGAACAAAUAAUUUAACAUAUACUAUGGAUAAUUUAAAAAUAUAUUUAUCAUCUGUUAAAAAUAAAAAUUUUAAAAUAAUUAAAAAUACAGCUGUUUCAAUGAUUCAUUCAAUUUUAUUGCUCAAACAUAAAGUUCAGUAUGGUGAAACAACUCCAAAAUAUUGGAAAUUAUAUGUUGAUGAAAUUGUUCAACAAUUUAAAUCAAGUAUUAUUAUUAAUGUUCAACGUUCACUUGAAUCGGCAUUAAUAUUUUUUAAUAAUAAUUUAAAUUUGUCCAAUGCCACAAAACCAUUGCUUAAUAUUGAAAUGUUUUAUAAUGAUGAUGAAUCAUUGCAAAUUGAAUUUAUACCAACAAUUGAUGAUGUUAAAUUUUUUUUAAACAACUUAAUUCCUUUGACAAGUCAAGAUGCAUAUUCAACUGAUGAAUUUACUGGAAUACUACAGUGUGAUGUAGAUGACUUUGAGAAAAAAAUAAAUUUCAUUGAAAAUGAUUUAAAUAUUCAAAAUAUAUCCAGCAAAAUUCAGCAAGAAGUGGAUAUUGGUAUUAAAGAGCUAAUGACAUUUACAAUAUCUUUAAAAUUAUUACAACAAGACAUAUCAAAUAUUGAAAAGGCACUUGAUGAUGUGACAUGUCAACAACAACAACAACAAUACAUUGAGGCUAGUAUUAUCAAGUGUAAAAAUAUUAUAAAUCUAAUAGAAUCUCUCGAUAAUGAUAUUAACAUUCAUUGGUUAAAUGUUAAUAUUGUUAAUUUUAAAAAUAAACUACAAGCUAAAUGUGAGUAUAUUAAAUAUGAUUUUUUCAUUGAAUUGUGUAAAUAUUAAAUAAUAAUAAUAAUAAUUAUUAUUUUCAACAAUUGA